AUGGAUCCUCUUUCAAUCGCAGCCUCAGUCGCCGGUCUGCUAUCUCUCUGUAUCCAGAUAGGUCAGACAGUUAGUACAUUGGCUGAUGCCCUCGAGAAUGUCGACAAUACCAUCAGUUCGUUUCGCGGGGAAAUUUCAGCCUUAUCUGGAGUUUUAAAAUCGAUAAGUACGGCGUUUAGUGAUCCUCAGCGUCACAGGAUACUUGAGGAAGCGAGCCAUGGAACCGGUCAUCUUGGCCAAUAUUGGCAGGGUGUAGUAGUGUCGCUGGAUCACUGCGGGGCAACUUUGAAUAAAAUGAAUGUUGUCUUGGACGGGAUCCAAACUAGUAGACGGACGAGGAUAUUUAGAAGUUUUGGAAAACAUCUAAAGUUGACGUCGGAGGAAGGCGUAUUGACGCUUUACCGACAAGAAGUGCAGUCACAUACUGCGAAUUUGCAGAUUUCGCUACAAAUGAUUAGCGUAUGCUUAUCUCUCGCUUCUGAUGACAUGAAUGCGGAUACGUCGGUACGGCUCGACGAGCUAAGCGACGACGUACGAAAUAUCUUUCGUCUGCUAGAUCGGACGAAGAACGACCUACCGAUUCCCAAACCCGGUGAUAAUAUCACAUUUGCACUCGUGUCUUCUUCACAAACCGUUGUGGAGGAUUUACAAUCAUGUUUGGGAGCUGCAGAGGUCUUGAUAUCUGAUGCUUCUACUCUUGCCGAGAAGCAGUCUGUUCGAGAAUCUACUAUUGCUGUUCCGAAUUAUUUUACAACAGCGCAGAGACGAAGGGUUCAGGAAUGGAUCAAUGCGCCUACGUUUACACCUACGAUUGCGCCUACGGUAGAUAGUAGGGAAACCUCGUCUGAAGCUACUACUAGGACGAUUCCUUCUGUCAAUAAAAGUACAGUCAGCAUCAUUACGACCACCCCUCCUGUCGAAAGCUCCAGGCUUGAAUUAGCUGCCCGUAAGGAGGAAAAAAAUAGCUUGAAAGAUGAAGACUCGGACUCGGAUUCGGACUCCUCGGAUAUUGAUGGCGGGUUUAAGGAUAAUCUUUUCCAGGCCGGUUUACGGUAUUUUGAACAACAGGACUACGCUAGUGCCGAAAGAUUCUUUACAAAGGCUGUCCAGGCUGGGGAAGGUGAAAAGAGUAAACCUUCUGAUGGGAGUAUGACAAAAAUCAAAUUCUACCUGGCGCAGACUCUAUGCAAACAGCAACGAUGGGAUGAUUCUCUUGCUCUCCUUGUUAGCUUGCAAACGCUCAUACCGACCACUGAUUCUCUAGAGUGGAUGGAAUCUAGUAUCCUCCAUGAGCUGGCCUUGGUGUAUUUGGGCAAAGGGCUUCAAGAAAAAGCGAGAGCGUGUGCAAAAUCCGCCAGCGAGAAAAGAAAGAAAAUGCAUGGGAAGAAAGACUCACGCUUUCGUUCUUCUGUUGGCUUACUGGCAGAUAUUUGCCAAAGUCAAGGCGACCCGGAAGCUGCAGAAGGGUAUAGAAGGUUCAUACCUCAGGAGAGUUGGUAUCUAUAUACUCGCAUUCAUAGGAAUGUUCCCGACCGCAACAUUGACGAAAAGGAGGUUAUCGCCGUACGCAUACCUUUGAUGGAUACUGAAAUGGACGACUUUUUCGGGGAACCAGGGCCGUUGAAUUCGAUAUCUCGCUCUAAUAGCUCUCAGCUAUCGCAUUCCAAUGCCGUCUCUCGCAGCACGAGUUUCGCUUCACAAUCAGCUAUGACUCCGCUAACUCAAUAUUCUUUCCACUCUUUCGCUCCCAAAGCCUUACCUGUACCGGCACCCCGUACUACCACAGACUCAUAUGUACCACCGCGGAUCGAUGCGUUCGAAUUGGAUUCCAAAACCGUCUUCCAGGGCCAAUUGGCGCCAGACAAGACUUCCCCUGCUAGCACACCAGAAGGCCAGAACUCCUACCUCAAGGUCUUCCUCAAAACGUAUAGGGAGGUUGGACAGAACCAAAUGCUAGGUUUGAAAGAAAAGGCCGCCAAAAUCGCCAUGGCAUAUUAUCGGAGCUUUGAGACCGAGAGCCUCAGAUUCAAGCUCAUAAUCCGAUACAUGAAUGAUGCAGCAUGGAAAGCCUUGGAAAAGAAUAUUCUAGAAGGACUCUCCAGUCUUUCUUCUACAGGUCAUGGGUUUUCUGCAAUCCACUUUUUCGCAAUGCUGGGCAUUCCGACUAUUGUUGGAUUACUUCUUGAUCGAAAAGCAGAUGUUUGUGCUAAAGCCGGACAGGUAAAUGGGUAUGCGCAGCCUCCUGUUGAGAGUCGGAGAGGGAAACUCGGUGGACUUGCAAGAACGUUUUCACGAGGAUCCAUGAGCGCCAAUGUAUCUAUUCCGCCAGUGAUAUGCAACUGGAGUCCACUGCAUUUCGCUUGCGCAUAUUCUGGUGAUCUCGAGACGGUUAGAUUACUUAUCGAUCGAGGCGCCCAAUUAGAAGAGAAGGUCGGGAAGGGAUAUACACCACUUCUCGUGGCGACGAGGAAGGCAGCCUUGGAUACGGAAAGGUUCUUAAACCAUGCGACGGAUCUUCCAGUUGUUAAAACUCUUGUGGAUUCUGGAGCGAAGCUAGAUGUUCUGGAUGAAGAUGGACUGGGGAUUCAUGCUCAUGCACAUUUUAUGGGAACUGAGGAUUUGGCUGCUUAUCUUCUUAGCCUAUCAACGGAUUGA